AUGGUGACUGGUAUCGACCAGAAUAGCGAGAUACUGAUCAUAGGUGCAGGAUGCUUUGGUCUUUCGACGGCUUACCACCUCUUAAAGAGAGGUUUUGCGCACAUUACGGUGCUCGAUAGUGCAUCAGAGCUGCCAGCGCCCGAGGCUGCAAGCACGGACAUGAACAAAGUUGUACGAAGUGCGUACUCGGACAUGUUCUACGCUCAGCUCGCACGCGAUGCAAUUGCGGCAUGGAAAGACGCAGAAGAAUGGGGUGAUAUAUAUCAUGAAUCGGGCGUACUGGUCCUCUUGGACCGGACUGACUCAUACUCUGACCAAGCAUACAACAACGAGAUCAGCCUUGGUGCGCGUAUCGAACCGCUCAAGGACGCUGCCGCACUACGGUCGGUCUUUCCUCCGGACGUCGAGACGUGUUCCUUCGAAGAGCGCUCCGGAUACCUCAAUCGAGAUGGCGGCUGGGCUAACUCGUCCCAGGGAAUUGUCCGCAUGCUACAAAAAGUCACCACGCUUGGUGGGGCCGUCGUCCCCGGAAAACAUGUCGUGCGCCUCCUCAAGGAGGUCGGGAAGACCAUCGGCGUUGAGUGUUCCGACGGCUCGCAAUACCGCGCAAAUCUCGUUGUGCUCAGUGCGGGUGCAUGGACUGCAGCAGCCUUCCCUGACUUACACCUCGGCGGAAUGUGCAAGGCAACGGGCCAGUCCGUCGGCAAAAUCCAACUCACCCCGGAAGAGGCGGCGGUCUACCGUGAUAACCCGGUUUACUUGGAUUUCAACGACUUUUAUGCAUUUCCGCCUAACGACCAGAACAUCGUUAAGUGCGCAAUACACGCGCGUGGCUACACCCACAUGCAGGACACCUCGGAUGGUGCAGUCUCUGCUCCCAUUUUCGUCGACUCAAACGGCAAACAGCAAUCACGCGUGCCCAAACUCGCACUAGAAGAGCUGCGUGAAAGCUUGCGCAGAGCAUAUCCUGCGCUUGGCGCGAAGCCCUGGUACACGGACUCCCCAGACGAGGACUGGGUGAUAGGAUUUCAUCCGACCGACCCGCAGGUCAUGCUCGCGACCGCUGGGAGCGGACACGCUUACAAGUUCCUCCCAGUUAUUGGCCGACUCGUGGCGGAUGCUAUACAGGGUAUUCUGCCCGCAGACCUAGUUCAGAAAUUCGCGCUGGAUCGUAUGAGGAACGAUGUGACGGAGUCUCGAUCAGGCAGCAACGUUCGGGAACUUGACCUACAACAAAUGUGCACGGAGGCAGAUUUUGUACCAUCUUGA